AUGGCCAACCAACGUCCCGAACAACUCUCUCAAACACCACCACCGACACAUGAAACCUGCGAGCUCCAAGCUUGCUCCAUUUACUACUCCAAGCCCCCCGCAGCCUUCCGCCGCCUACUCCAUCCAUUGCCUCCGCCGCCAACCCACAUUCUCCGGGAUAUCUCCCUGACCGUCCGCUCUGGCGAACUCCUCGCCGUCGUGGGCCCAAGCGGCGCCGGAAAGUCAACUCUGCUGGACAUCCUAGCGGCCCGCACUGCCCCCACCUCUGGCCACCUCCUCUUCAACUCCUCCCCUCUGCACCCUACCUCUUUCCGCCGUCUCUCCGCCCACCUCCCCCAACACGACCACCCUCUCCCGUUCCUCACCGUCUCCGAAACCUUCCACCUCUCCGCCCGUCUCCUACUUCCUCCUCCCACCGCCGCGGAAGCAGCCUCGUCCCUCCUGAACAACCUCCGGCUUUCCCACGUCUCCCAUUCCCUCCUCCCCGGCUCCCUCUCCGGCGGCGAACUCCGCCGCGUAUCGCUAGGCCUCAACCUCCUCCGCAACCCCUCCGUCCUCAUCCUCGACGAACCCACCUCCGGCCUCGAUAGCGCCUCAGCCCUCCUCGUUAUCAGCUCCCUCCGCCGUGCCGCCGCCACCAACCGCCGCCCCGCCAUCGUUCUCUCCAUCCACCAACCCUCAUCACAACUCCUCUCCUCGUUCGAUUCCUUCCUCCUCCUCUCGUGCGGCACCGUCCUCCACCACGGCAACCUCUCCUCUCUCUCCUCCUUCCUCUCCUCCUUCGGCUUUCCUCUUCCCGAACACCUCAAUCCCCUCGAACUCGCUCUCGAAGUCCUCCCUUCUCUUCCCACCCCCUCCCCGCCUCCGCCACCUCCCCGCCGUGUCCCCAACGCCGGAAAACUCAUCCCCAUCCCUUACCCAAGCCCUCAAUCCCGCGAAAUCGACGUCCUGCACCUCCGCUUCUGGAAAGUAAUCUACCGCUCAAAACAGCUUCUUUUAACCAACACCCUCGAAGCUCUCCUCGUCGGCUUCCUCCUCGGCACUAUCUACAUCGGCGUUAACUACGACGAACAAGGAAUGAAGAAACGGCUCGGCUUCUUCGCCUUCACACUAACAUUCCUCCUCUCCACAACCACUGAAACCCUCCCCAUCUUCGUCUCAGAACGUUCCAUUAUCCUCCGCGAAGUUUCCGCCGGCGUUUACCGCCUCUCCUCCCACCUCAUAGCUAACACUCUCGUCUUCCUCCCUUACCUCUUCGUCAUCUCCGUUCUCUACGCCUGCAGCGUCUACUUCCUCGUCGGUCUCUGCUCCACCUGGACAGCCUUCGUUUUCUUCGUGCUGAUAGUGUGGGCGGUCGUGUUAGCGGCAAACUCAUUCGUCUUGUUUGUCAGCGCCGUGGCACCGGAUUACAUCGCCGGAACUUCGGUGGUGACGGUGGCGCUUGCCGGGUUUUUCCUGUUUUCCGGCUACUUUUUGAGGAAGGAGAGAAUGCCGGAGUACUGGGUGUUCAUGCAUUACAUGAGUCCCUACAGAUACGCGCUUGACGCGAUGCUGGAGAAUGAAUACGGGUGUGAAGCGGAGCGGUGCUUUGAGUGGGAAGGGGAGCCGAGCGGAAGCAAGGAGAGAGAGUGUAAGAUGAGGGGAAGGGACGUGCUGAGAGAGAGGGGGUUGAGGGAGGAAGGGAAGUGGGUCGGGUUGCAGGUGCUUUUCGGGUUCUUCGUGUUUUAUCGGGUGCUGUACUUGCUUGUGCUACUAAGACGGGCCGUCAGGUCUAAGAGAUAG